UGUACAUGAAGAAAUAUUCAAAACAUCUUCAAUUACUAACUAAGAUGACUUUAGAAAUUCGAGACAUUUCCUGCUAUAUAAAUUUAUCUAUAGUUCUUGGUAAUAUUGUGGCUGUUGCAGCGAUGCUACGCGUUUCGCUAACUUCGCCAACUGAUAUACAAGGGAAUUCGAAAUUUUAUGUUUUUUUAUUUUCGUUAAUUAUCGAGGUUGCUGUAUAUGCAAUUCCAGCAAAUUUUCUAACAAAUUCUUGCGAAGAAGUACCAACAGCCUUUUACUUUUGCAACUGGUUAGAUGAAAAUGUCUCGUUCAAGAAAAGUUUGUUAAUAAACAUGAUGAUGUUUCAGAAACCUAUACACUUAACAAUUGGAAAAUUUUCACCGUUGACGUUGUCAACAUUUGUCUCUGUCAUGCGGGCAUCUUACUCUUUUUAUGCUGUUUUUGGGAAAAACUCAGACUGAUUCUAUUAUUACCUAAAAGUAUCAACAUAGAAUAAUCAAAAUUCAAAAGCAGAAAGCACAAUAUUGCUUAGACAACU